ACUUCAAGGUUUGGCAACAAUUUGAGAACUCUGAAACAUUGCUGAAUUGCCUCCAUGGUGACUCAUGUGUGGGAAUGCUACGAGAUUAUACUGAAUAUAUAACUCAAGAUUUCAAAUUCAGAUUUCAGUAUAUAUCAAUACCUGAAAUUAUGAAUCCUAAAAUAUAUAGAUGGCUGUUUUGAAAUUUCAGGCCGUUGUGUUAAACAUAAUCUUAUCAAAUUUGUACUUCCAGGUUUAAAAAUCUAGGAUUUUUAUCUAAUUUGCCGAUUCCGCAACCUCUUGGUCUCUUUCGGCCUAUGAGUUGGUAGAAAAGGCCUUGAAUAUAUAAGUUAUCUUGCUGUGUAAUAGAAAUAUAUGGAAAAUUAUCUGCGUACCACACAAUGUACAUUGUUUAGAUUUCAUUACGUAGAUUUCAUGUCCGACUGUAAAGCAUGAACAAAAUCUGUUAUGUCACAUACGAAAGUCGAGUUAAUCUAGUGCAAUGGGCAAUUUUGAAUAUGUGUGUGAAUUUUUUAACUCGUAAGAACCCAGGUUUCUAAAGUCAUUUAUUUAAAAAGCAAUUCUGUGCAGGCAAUAACGCAACCCAAUAAAUAGCCAAAUAUUUCUAUAGCCUGAAAAGAAUCUCAUCGGAAUAUAUCUACUGAAAAUUCGAAUUCAGGUCUUAAUGUCAAUUAAUGACUGCUAAUCUACUUCCUUUAGCACUCGGAAAUAAAUGUAACUCUGAGUUGAUAAUAAUUUCGAAAGAUGAAUAACUUUCUAGAGCGUAUACCUUCGAAUCUAGUGAAUAAUUCGCAUCAUAUUUCGCAAAAUUUAACAGCAAUUCGAAAGUCUAGAACACUGAUGCCGAAUGAAGAUAAGGCAUCAUUUCUUUCGAACAAGCGAUGCAGUAAUAAUAAACAAGACAAAAGAGGUAGACGCUUUGUCUCAUUCAUCGAGCACUUCAAAAAGCGAUCCAAAUCAGCAGAUCAAUCAAAUAAACAAUCCUUUAGUCAGUCAGCUAAAUCAGGGGAUAAUUUAGUUGGGAAUGAAUCAAGUACAUCAAAGUGUCAACCUGUCAUUACCAGCACUUUUAUUACCGAUACAAAUUUACAUAUUAUUAAUCAUAAAAAUCAGUUUAAUAGCUGUCCAGUACAAAACCACAUAAAUUCUCCUGCUACUUAUGAUAUUUAUCCCGAUACAGUGAUGUCUACAUCUGUAUACGAAUCAACCCAUCGAAUGGAAUCACAGUUGAACUGUAAACCUAGACCGGCAUCUUUUCAUCCUUCAAGUCAAAUACUAACUCACCAUAAUCCACAUCUUUAUCAGAACAGUAUAUUUUCGUCUACUUUAAAUAAAGAAACAGUUUCUCCUUACACUUAUUGUAAUAUUGAUAAUUUACACUAUAUGGAAUCAAAUCAACAGAAUGAAAUCCAUAACAUGAUAAUGUAUGAUUCUGUUUUUGAUUAUCCUCCUACUCUAUCUCCAUACCCUUGUCCAACAUACAUUCCGCCUUCAGAUGAUGUUACACCGACUAAUGAAAAUGUUAAUCCUUAUCCAUCUAAUUGUCGAUCAAGAAAUCGUCCAACAUCUGUUGAUUUCCAUCGUAUUCGUAAAAUGCACACUAGUAUGAAACAAUUUUUUACAUUUAAUCAUUAUAAUAAUAAUAGUAGUAGAAAAGAUGAUUUAUCUCAAAAGUCGAUUAAUAAUAAGGUACAAGUGAAAGAAAAUAGUGUCGUAAACCCUUCAUUUUUUGAUAGUAGUUAUAAUAACAGUAAUUUAAAUUCUCCUAUUGUAAAUACCAAUAAUUCAUCUAAUCGGAUUUCAUUAAAUUGUUCGAAUAAUACAAAUUUUAAAGGAACUAUACUACGCUCUUUCAGUUGUACGCCUAAAUCAAAUUAUGAAAGCAAGAAAAAAUUUAAAUCGCAAACACUAAAAUCACAAAAUAUUUCAAUAGAUGUCACUACUACUUGUAACACUAACACUACUACUUGUAGUAGUGGUUUAAGUAGUUGUGAUUACAGAAGAAAAACACUAGACAGUGAUCCUGGUUUGCACGAAACUGAAACACAAAGUCGAUUGCUUCUUCAUCCUUCUAAAGAUAAGCCAGUUAAUGGUUCAAGCAUAGUAAGUAGAAAUUCACUCAAAACAAACUCAAAAUUUGACAUGGUGAAAUCCUCAUCUGUUUGUCAAGUUACCACUUGUCACAAUAUGCCAAAGUUAUCUGCUAAAACAGUACAAAGUGAAAAUAAUGCACCAGUCAGUUCAACGGACUGUAAACUAACUGAUAACACCUUGACACGGGCUAACACUUUAUCUACAGUGGGUAUCACGAAUACUAUUAGCAAUAGUACAACUACUUCAGAUGACAUGAUCAAGAAAUUCGAGUCAACUGACAUUACUACACCUACUAGAACAUCUCAUCCUGGGUCUGUUAUGAAGAAUAAUGAUCCCAAUUUCAAUAUAACCAAUAGUAAUAAUAACAAUAAUUCCUCAUUUUAUUCAGUUCCACAUAAUAUACCGAUGAAUGGGAAUACAACCAGUUCUGAUUUACCUGAAAGGCAAAGAUUAAAGAAGUUGCGAAAUUCUCGUCUGAUGUCAAAUUUUAACAGUACAACUGACGACAGCAAUCACAUGAGAAUUAAUAAAUUUAUGCAGACCACUUCUCUGUUAGAUUAUUUAUCAAAUGAUGUCAACAAUUCAGCUUUCAGUACUCUGAAGAAUAAUACUACUUCAAGGUCAGAUACUGGCAGCACAUUGCCAUCGAAUAUUCAAACCACAGUUAAUCACCUAUCAUCUGUUAGUGAUUCAAAACCACCUAAUGAUAGUAACCGUUUGUCUAUGGUUAAUUCUGAUAAUGUGAAUUCAGUACCAGGGGGAACACAGCUUGCGAAUGAACUGUCAACAAAUACUUUUUGUACACAAAACCAUACUGAACAAAAGACAGUAUCGAAGGCAUGCCCUGAGUUACUUUGCAAUUUGCCUGAACUACACUGUGCAAGAUUGUCUAAAGCGCAUAGCGUCUUAGGAUAUGAAAGUGUCAGACAUGAUAUUUUCAGUAAAUCUGAUGACAACAAGGAUUACUGUAAUUCAAACAAUGCAUAUCCAUCACUUCGUAACUCUCGUCGUAGAGAAAGUGCCAGAAUUCAUCCACACUAUCAAUCCGUUCAGUGCUCAGCUGCAGUUCUUCGUCCUCCACGCCCACCACAAAGAACAACUUCACUAGUCAGAGAUAAUCAAUCAGUUAGAUCUAACAGCAUUAUCAGUUCAGAUGCAUCAUACUCUUCCCACAGUAGCCCUAAUCGUAAUCCAACAUGCUCUAAGCAAGAAUCAAACAAUCAAAUUUUAUCUACUUCACUUUAUGGAACAUCCAAUCAGAACAGAUAUUCAUAUAUUAAACCAUUGGAUAAUAUGAGCAUUGCAGCCGAUAAACUAACUGAUAAAGAAGUCAGUGAUUUGGAUUCAGAAAAUGAUACAGUCUGGUGGUCUCAUCUAUUGCCCUACAAACCAUCAAACUUACCAAGUAAUUUAGCUGACCGGCUAAGACAACGGAACAGUUUAAUUCUUUCUAGAAGUUCACCAACAGCUCGACUUUCAAAUAGUUCAUUGCCUACUUCAUUCCCGUAUAACUGUUCUAAUCAAAUUAACAAUAGUAAUAAUAAUAAUAAUGGCAAUGGUAAUAAAGUCGCCUACAACAUUCCCAAUCUAAUGAUCCAAUCAAUGUAUGAACAGAGUGAUUCUUCGGGUUCUAGUGGACUAAGAACCGAUGGUUUAUCUUCUCUUUAUUAUACACGAAAUAAAGGUGUCAGUGAUUCACGAAUCAGACAUUCAAGACCAUUAAGUGUGCAUACAGACUAUUCACACAGUGCUAAUAAUUCAUUUCAUCUGCCGUCAUUAACACAUUUAAAUUCAACAAUAAAUACUGACACUGUUCAUUAUUCCUCAUCAUCAUCAUCAGCAUCAUCACAACAAAGACAACAUCAACAACAACAACAACAACAACGGCCUAGUCAGCAAAUAUCAACACGGCCAUCUAGUCUUUCAUUAGGUUUAUCUUUCAAAAAUGUUACCCCUAAGGCAACUAGUUUUGUAGCAGCAGCAGCAACAACAACAACACCCACACCAACCAUAACAAGCACAAGAACAAAUAAACUGUAUGAGUCUCAUAACUCUUCCGCCUAUUUACCUCAAACAAACAUUUUCAAUAGUAUACCGGACUACCUAUUGACACCAUAUCCGCCUAGUGAUAGUCCAUUACUAGGUCAGUAUUGUCGUUUACUACUACUUCGAACAAACGAUGGUAUACAGAGAAACAACAUUAGCAUCAAUAAUAAUGCUGACAAUAAUAGCAAUGGUAUUAACAUUAAUAAUAUGAACAAUAAAAAUGUUUCACCACCAAUUGAACAUUCUUCCAAAUUAACGCCAACAGCUGAAACACCCGCUACACCCGUUUAGCAUAAGUCAACAUUUAUGCGUAUAUAUAUAUAUAUAUGUCAUACAGUUUAGCAUGUCUUUCAGUGAUUCAGUACAACUGAAUCGUAUUCACUUAUGAUGAAGUGAAGUCAGUGUAUCCAGGGGAGAAGAAUACUCGUUUAACUUUAUCCCAGCCAGACAGUUGAAUCUGUUCUCGUACGUGUAUGUAUACCAUGUGUCUGUAGUGGUCUUUUUAUGACAAUUUCACACUUUUUAACAACCAUUUUAUUUCUAUUUCUUGUCUAUAUCACUGGGCUUAUAAUUUAUUUUCAAAAAACCGUUUCAAAGUGAUGUAUUCCAGUUCACAUGUAGAAAUAAAAUUAAUUAUUUUAUGAAGUUCCAUUUCAAUGAAUUGUGUUGUGAAAGUAUUUCGAAGUUACUUUAUAUUAAAAAACAUUCAAUUUUCUGUACACUUAUAAUUGUCUAUUAACGGUCUCACCUUGAGACUGAAUGAACAACACAUAAACAGUACAACUAAGAAAAGUCUUUUGCAUUUCGAAUCUUGUUUCUGUUCAAAGGCUACAGCAGCUCAUGUGAACAAAACACAGUGAUUACUAUCAGAUUAUCCGUUUCGAUGUGAAAGAGGAGAGAGAGAGAGAGAGAAAAAAAGGAGGGAUUCAGAGUUAAACAGAGUUGUUUCUUCAUUCUUCGACUUUUGAACUAAAAGUGUUGACUUAGUUCAUUUCACGUUUCAUUGUUGAUUUACCUUUCGUUUCUUUCUGUUUCAGCUGUUUUUCUCCUUUUUCGUAAUUUCCUAACUUUCGUAUGUAUAUAUUAUCAGGAAUAUAUAGUAUGUAAAUAUUAUUGAUACUCGUCUAAUAUUCUCAAAAACUAUCAGGUAUUCCUGUUAAAAUAGCAGAGAACACUUUAAAAUUGAAAUGUUCGUGUGAAUGAAUAAUGUUUCUAUAUUUUGUUUACCCUAAAAGUGUUGUAAUAUUCUUUAAGAAAAAUAAUAUUUAUGAUGUAUAAUUUUCUCAGUCCUAUGGAAGCAAAUGAGCAGAGUCUUUUUCUUUUCCUAUUUUUUGAUUUGAUUACAUUUCUAAUCUGACUGUAUUAAUGAUAAUAUUAUUAUUUAUUUUGAUGGACGUAUUUACAUGUGCGUUCAUGAUUGGCGCCUUCCCCUUGAUCUGUCUUCAUUUUAAAUUUUGGAAUAUAAUUGUGCACAAACGUAGAAUAUUAUUUAUCUCAUUUUCACGUAUAUAUAUGCAUGUGUCAUUGUAUAAUGAGUAUGUUUAUACCUCGAAAUGUAGAAAAGUCAAGAUGUAUGAGAUUCCAUCUUCCAAAGAUAUUGAAUACUGUUUUUUUUAGUGAAGUUAUUGCUGACUACGGAAACGGAAAUGAAUCGCACAGUUUAGCAUAUAUGUACUAAUGGACUUAACCCUAAAUGACUCAGGGAUUGACCUGCUACCAAACAGAGUGCAGUCUCGCUGACUGAGAGUAUGCAGAUGAUAUUGUUCUCCUAGGUGACGACUUUGACAGAAUGUACAGUUUUCGGAACAUCUUGAGCAGCAAUCUUCGAAUGUUUUGCAUGCGAUUCGCUCCCGUAAAAUGUAAGAUAAUGCUACACGACUGGACUGAAAUAGAACGACUCCUAAUUAAAAGAUAGAUAGUGAAGUGGUAGGACGUGUUGUCCACUUCACUUAUUUGGGAAGUUGAAUCAGCCCAACGGGUCGAUUGCUGAUGAAAACUAACCACGGAUACAGAAGACUCGUUUGGUAUACCCCAGCUUAGGCCAUCUCCGACAUGGAUGUGAUGUCCAGCUGGCUGUCGAGCAAAGGACGUGUGUAGCGCUCAGCACUUCUCUCUGUCCUGC